AUGGCAUCGGUGUCAAACGAAGGGCUUCCCGACGAGUAUCAGUGGUUCUCCGACCAAAUUGCGGGCCAUCAUCCGUCGGUUAUCAAAAACGGAAAGCGAGAAAUUGGUGAGUGAAGCUACUAUUUUUUGAAAAAUGCGCUUCUCCGACCGCCGACGAGUUGGUAUACUAUUUGCCGAUUUGCAUAAUAAUGUGCGAUUAGCCGCGACGACUUGUUGUCGAUCCUUUUGUUUUUGCAGCACUCUUUCCGUGUUUGCUCAGCUGCAAGCCACACCUCUCUUUCAAAUGGUCCCUCUAUUAUCCGUUCUUUUAGGCAUCCUCAAAAUUCCGGGCUCUCGCGAGAUUCUCAAGCCGAAACAAGACGCCAGUCGUGGAGAGAAAGAGGUAUUCUACAGUACUACCACUACUGCGGGGGGCGUCCAUUACAUGAUGAUGGGGAAGGCAUCAGAUGCUGAUGACGUCACUCGUCUGGUGACACGAAAACGAGCAUGACGCAAGCUGAAACUGGACAAGUUACGGGACACCGGUGACCGUAAAACAGGCAGCAUAUGGCUGCGAAGACAACGCCCGAGGGGCUUAGAUUUCAGAGUUCCCAAAGCAAUUUUAUGGCUCUCUGUGGCGCAAUGAUACUAAUUGGGACUAAUUCUAGGGGGAAACCAACACGCAGGCUUUCUUUUCGUUACCGUAAUCAAAUCGUAAACACUGGUGAUCGAAUGACACGGGGGACUCCCAUUGUUUAUUAUUCUCGAGAGAUACUGUGCACAUUUGGAAGGAGACUCUCUCGUACUUUAUCGUUGAGUAGCCACUCUUAACACGGUUAAUGAUAGCCUUCUUCUCCUUCGUUUUCCCACUAUUUGUGGACAUUGAAGAUGGUAAAUGGAUGGAUAGACGGAAGUUGAGAUGCAUAAGUGAUUGGUGACGUAAGGGAAGUCAGAAGAAGAGGCGAAGUACCGGAUGAGGACGGAUAAGUAGUGACCGGGCAAACACGGAUUUGAGAGCGGAUUGAAUCCUAGCUAGCUAUUAUUAGAUUUUAAGAGUGAGGAAAUGUCUGGAGCUUAUAUUCUUUUUGGUUAUAAGGAUUAUAGAUCACUUGAUACACCUUCCAUAUCAGUUUCAUCCAAAGUAUCCAUCCUUCACUGACACGUGUCAAUUAUCUGGGUAUUGCACAACUUCGAGAGUAGCUCAUCCGGAAAAGAAGGUCUUUUCCGGUCACUUUCCACUUGGAAUACGAUCUGAUAAGCAAGCAACUCUUGUAUGCAACUUCCCGUUACGCAACAGUUUUGCAGGUAGCCAUCUACAAACUGCUCUCUUCUUCUUCUACUUCAUCCCUCUCGACAUCGUCUUCAGAAUUGCGUAUCGGGUUCGUGAUUGACACCACGUCAAACAAGACGAGUGGAGGAAAGAGAGACCGGAUAUUUUGCAGACGAACCGAGGACAUCGAGGCGCUCCGCACUCUGACCGCAAAGUUUUACGGCAUCCGAAAGCUGUUCGUCGACGAUGAAGGUAUAGUUCCGGGAGUUGAUCUGAAUGAAAACGGAGAUUCGUUCGAAUGAGCGAACAUGUGAUCAGGCGUUUUUAAAAGCACGGUAUAAUGAUGAUGUUCGCAUGAAUAGCGUUUUGGCGGGCGUCACAGAGGGGCCAUCCGUGGCAGAUGUUCUUCUCCUCGUUCCCCAUGUCACGCCUGUUCAGUUUUCGCUUUCAUUCUGAUAAAAAUGGGGUCCUCUUAGAUGAGAAGAGGUCGGGCAAAGAGACCAAUUUGAAUGUGAUCCAUUUGAAUUGAAAGAAAACGAAACGAAUGGAGAAAAGAAAACAGCUCAUCUGCAUUUUUAUGACGUGCCAAUUUGCGUGGGGAAUUGAGUGGCGAUUGGGACGACGAAAAAUGAACAAAACAGCGGGAGAGAGGCGAGAAAAAUGGGAGAAAUUAGCAAGUUUUAAGGUGCGAAGAGUCUAAUGUUCCUCAUUCCAGACCGCGAGUUCCUGGUCCUCGAAGACAUCACGUCCGACUUCAAGCGCCCGGCGAUUCUCGACCUGAAAAUGGGUCGUGUCACUUACGAUCCGCUGGCCAAACCGGACAAGAUCGAAAAGGAGCGGAUCAAGUAUCCUCCGCAGGCCACGAUGGGAUGUCGAAUCCUCGGAUACCGGGUGAGCCAGGGAGGGAGGUCAUCAAAAAUUCAAAAUCUCUUUGUGUACCGGAAUGAUCGCUUGUGUCGGUUAAUCGGCGAUUCUUGACUCGCGCAAAUCUCUUGCCCGUGUUCCCUUUGAUCGUCCGGCAUCCGCGUCUGCGUCUCUCCGAUUCGCACGCUCCAUCGGUUCCGGAUGUGUUGCGAUUGGGGCGACGAAUGCUCACAGAUGGGUGGGCAAUUAUGAGCUCAAUUGUGACAUUGACACUCUCGAACAAGUUCGAACGUUAAUGCCGACGGAGAGGAAGAGGAAGAACCAUCUGGAGACAGAUUUCCGCCAUUUUUUGAAUGAGAAAUUGGUCUAGCAGCUAGAAGAGAACGGAAGGGAUCAUGAUGGGACCGAGCGCAGUUGUUGCACGCAUUCGAAAGUUGUGCCUCUUCACUCUUGACCUACCGCCGUUUACAAGCAGGCUCGAUGAUGAGAGCGGUGUUAAUCUGGUGCGCAAGUGGUGUCUUGGCCCUCUCCCCGCCGCUCGUUUACAGCCGAGCGACAACUUCUCCGAUUACCUAAUCAGAAAGGGAACCGCACUCGGACAGGGGUGUCUUAUUACGAGAUUCGAGGACAGUCUCACACUUGUUCGUCCCUUUCAAACUGAUUGGGGGGAAGAGAAGGGGAAGGAGCGGCCUUUGACAAACUGGGGAUCAUUUUAUUAGAAAGCAAUGUUUCAGAUCCAUUUCGACGACAAAGUGGAGGUUCGUGACAAGGAUUGGGGCAAAUCGUUUGACGAGACGACCGUCCAACACGGCCUCCGCGAGUUCUUCUCCGCCAGAGACGGCGACUUGAAGGAAGUGCUCGAGAAGGCGUUGAAGGAGCUAGAAGUGAUCAGAAAGUUCUUCGAGACGCAGAGAUCCUUCCAGUUCUUCGCCUCUUCACUUCUGUUCGCCUACGAGGUCGACAAGUCCCUUCCGAUCAACCUGAGAAUCGUCAUGAUUGGUGAGGAGCGCUGUUUUCGAAUUCUACAAUUAAACCUGAUUUCAGAUUUCUCGCACGCAUUUUCUUCGAACGGCGAACCGGACGAAGGCUACCUUUUCGGCAUCCAAUGCCUUCAGUCUUUCAUCGAAUCCAUGCUCAAGUCCUGCUGA